CUACAUUGUUACUAGUAAUUGACCUCAAGUUUGCCUAGUUGGUUAUGUCCUAGGUAGCACCAAAAAAAGGGAUUUUCAAAACUACCAAACCAGCGAUGGGAUGGUAUUAACAUCGCUGGGAAGGCCAUGUUCUUUUUCCAGAAGCCACCUUCCCAUCGAUGGGAAAAUGCAAACAUCGCUGGGAAGGCAGCCUUGGGUCCUUCCUCGCUUUCCAGUGGCGACCUUCCCAUCGAUGGGGUGCUGCCCGAGUUGUACCCUCAACAAAAGGGGUACCACGACCUCGACAACCAGCUUCAAGCAUCGGGUCUGUGGUCGUUCGUGUCCAGGAGCCGCUCGAGCUUCAAUCCCGCCUUUGUGCGAGCCUUCUACUCCAAUCUCCGCCGGGACGGGGACACCAUUCGCAGUAGCAUCAAUCUCUACGACAUAGAGAUUGAUCUGGCUACCUUCGCUCGGGUCGCAGGGCUGCCCACCCGUGGUGACGACAUCACAACAUAUGGCAGAGAUGAUUGGAUCCUCAACAACGAGGCGGUGGUCAUCCGAGAGCUUGGGAUCACCAACCUCAUCCGUCACAGCGGCGCACCAACAAUCCACUCAGCCCCGCCGGAGAAGCGUCUUCUUCUCUACAUCCUCACCCGGAUUCUUCGCCCCCGGGACGGAAAUUAUAUUCUACAAAAUGUAAUGUAUGGUACACGCCUUCUGUUGAAUCCGGAAAUAGACAUCGUUACUGCUUUCAGACAGAGAGCUGUUAAACCCGAUGGUGCAAUGUACUACUGUGCGUACUGCUCAAGUCGUGUUUUCAAUGUCACCCCGAGAUAUCUUAUCAAGCUGUCUGUUAAAGAUGAUUCUGGAACAACCACAUUUGUUUUAUUUGACCGUGAGGCGUCCAAUAUUUUGAAUAUAUCCUGUGCAGAAUUGAUGGAAAAAAGUGAUUUGGCUGGAAGUUUUGAAAAUCCAAAAGAGUUUGAUGACCUCUUGCUUGGGAAGACGUAUAUUUUCAAAGUUGAGGUAAGGGUCAUGAACCACGGCCAACAUGAACACUCUUUUAGAGUGUCAAAAGUAUGUCACGAUGAUACCAUCAAGAAAAAAUACCUGGAAUCUAUUCAUGCAAAAAAUUCAAAAGCUGCAGUGAAUCGCGCUAUACCAGUGUACUCCGUUGAGGAGGAGGUUUUAAACAGAACGCUUGCUAAAACAAUAGAGUCUUUGAAGGAUUGCACGGAGGAUGGAGAGUAUGCAGUCUAUGGUACCAUCAAAGGUGUGGAUGGUGAAGCUGAUUGGUUCAUACCAACGUGUAGGUGUGGAUCGUAUCGAAUUAAGGCAAGAGUGAACGAUGCAUCAGAUAGUGCGACUUUUGUGAUAUUUGAGAGCCUUGGAUGUUUGUUGUUGCACAAGUCCUGCUCCGAGAUGCUGAAAUUAAGUGAGGGCGUGCCGGUAGGAUGUGAACAACCAGAUGUGUUCAAACAAAUGCUACUUGAAAAGUCAUUUAUCUUCAAGGUUGAAGUCAAGACUGCAAAUAUCAAUGAUUUUGAACCUUCCUACAAUAUGAAUGACAUGUGCUUUAAUGACCGGAUCAUUGCAAAAUUUAUGGAGAUGCACUCUUCGUUUUUCUCUCCUCAGAUAAGACUAUCGGGUAUUCAACUGAUGGGAAAACAAACACAAAAGUCAUUUCAGUUGGCAAUGCAUCGUCUUGCGUAAAGGGUACAUCACUAUCCAACAACACACAUAUUGUUUGGGGAGAAGCAACAAGUAGGAUACGACACCUACAAGGAUCAACUUCAAGACAACCAACCAAACACUUGACCCAAUUUACCACAAUUGAUUAACCAAGCACACAAAAUCAGCAGCACAUCAAAUAAACCACAAUCAAAUAUGAAGAAUAAAGAUGCAAACGACACACGAUUUUUAUACGUGGAAAACCCCUUCGAUGUGAAGGAUAAAAACCACGGUACUUAUAGGGAGUCCGCCCUCUUCUUCUCUUAUUAUGCAAAUUGAGGGUAAAAACACCCAAACUCAGUCUACAAGGAUGUCACAGCCCACCAACAACAACAUACAUAAGAGGCAUCAACAAGAGAGAAGGAAAAUCAGGAUUAUCACCCAAAAACGCAGCGUCGCACCAGCUGCGAUUACAGAAGAUCCGUAGCUCCGAUUGAAGUGAAACUUGAACAGAUUGAAGCCCUAAGUGUUGGGAACAACCUCUGAAAAUUUCAGCUCAAUCCAACGGUCGGAUCUCCGGAGAUGAUCGAAUUUGUGCGGCUGGUCUGUAAAUUCUGCACCAGCACCUUUCCUCUCUCUAUUCUGUUUUUUUUUUCUUUUCUGCUCUGUCCGUAAGUCCUCUACUGCAACCCACACCAUUAACAUGUUGGUAUCCUAGAUAUUGAACAUAAUGCACUCUUAAGCUCUUAUCAUGCAUCACUGAAUACCACCUACAAAUCUUGCCCAGAUAUUAUCGAAUCAAAUGCAUAAUUUACAAAUUAAGAAGUUCCAGUCCACUUAAAGUACUUACAAGUGCACGAUGCUUUUACAUCAAUAGCGGAAUGCACUACCGUUA